AUGGACUAUUCCAAGGAAUUCCUCACUUCAUGGUUGAAAGAUUCAUCCUCACAUAAGGCAGACAUAGUCACUAUUAUGGGUAUGGGCGGGAUUGGGAAGACAACUUUAGCAAAAUAUGUCUAUGGGUUACAUUCUCAUGAAUUCGCCACAAGCAGCUUUAUUGAGGAUAUUAGUAGGCCCUCUAACAAAAGAUCAGGUGGGUUGCUUGCCUUACAAAAACAACUUUAUGAUGAUAUUUCAACAUCAAAAUCAAGUUCAACUCAAGUUCAUGAUGUUUUUACAUACAUCUCAAUGAUAGAGAAUGUAGUAGCCCGUAAAAAGGUAUUUAUAGUUCUAGAUGAUAUUGAUCGUCUCGAACAGUUGGAUGCAUUACUCGGAAGCAAAGGUUUCCAUACAGGAAGCAAAAUAAUAAUAACAACAAAGGAUGCAUGGUUGAUACAGAGUUGUGCGAUGUUCAAAACAAACCUUAAACCCAAGCAUGAAAAGCAUUUGCUUAAUGGCUUAUAUGAGAUCGAAUCAAGGGAACUUUUGUGCUUUCAUGCAUUCAUCUGCAACUAUCCCAAGGUAGGUUUUGAAGAGGUGUUAGAAAAGCUUGUGAAGUAUUGUGAAGGGCAUCCGUUGGCUCUUGAAGUUUUAGGCAAGUCUCUACAUAAUCGAGAUGUAGCUUAUUGGGAAGGGUAUAUAGAAGGCCUGAAGAAAGAGAUGGGUUCCAAUAUCAAUAAUGUCCUGAGAAUGAGUUUUGACACUUUAUCAUCCAAUGAUAAAGAAUUAUUUAAGCAUAUUGCUUGUUUCUUUGUUGGAAUGGAUAGAGAUGUUACUCAAACAAUAUUAAAGGCGUGUGACAUCGAAACAAGAUCCGGAAUCACCAAUCUCACUGACCGAUGUCUUCUUAGUAUCGGAUGGAGUAACAAACUAAUGAUGCAUCAGUUGCUUCAAGAAAUGGGAAAAUUCGAAGUACAUAAAGAAUCACCUCAAAAGCCAUGGGAACAAAGCAGAUUAUGGUGUCAUGAGGAAUCUUUCAAAGUGUUAAAACAAAAAAAGGGUACAGAAAAUGUUCUAGGCCUCACUCUUGACAUGAGAAUGCUUGAAAAAGAGAAGUUAUGUGGACCAUUUGAGGUGAAAACAGAUGCAUUGAGCAUGAUGGACAAUCUAAUGCUACUACAACUCAAUUAUGUGCAAAUCAGAGGGUCUUAUGAGAAUUUUCCAGAACAAUUAAGAUGGCUGGUGAUGCAUGGGUUUCCUUUAAAGUCUAUUCCAUCAAAACUGCCAAUGAAGAAUUUGGUUUCUCUUGACAUGUCAUACAGCAAUAUUGAAUCAUUUGGCGUUUGUUAUAGCAAUACACAACGACUUCAGAAUUGGCAAAAGUGGUUAUUUGAAUCGUGCUCAAAAGACAAAAGGCUGCUUGGAACACUGAAGAUUCUUAAUUUAAGUUUCUGUGAAAAGCUUUCUAGUCUAGGAGGAUUUGAAGAACUCCCUUUGCUUGAGAAGCUAAUAGUUACAAAUUGCAUUGGUUUGGUUAAAGUAUGUGAAUCAAUUGAGGCAUGUGUUAAACUUGUUCUCAUUGACCUGCGGUACUGCAGCAAACUUGAAAAACUUCCAAAAACCAUAGGCAUGUUAAAGAAGGUGAAAACUUUAUUGCUAGAUGGUUGUAAUCUGUGUGAAUCUCAUAUCGAGAUUAGGAAUACAGAUUCAUUGAAAAUGCUCAAGGGUAACAGUAUUGGCAUAAACACAAAAACCUCUUCCUCUUCCGUUCUUGAAGCUAUACCAAGUUAUCGAAAGUUCUUUGCGACUUUUAUACCAAUAUCUUUAGCAUGCUUGUCACUUUCCACACCUGAUUUCACAAUAGACUGGGAAUCGUUAGAACCAUCUUCAUUUGAGUUCGAAGGUGUGAUCAAAAUCCAACCAAUGGCAGGUGUAGCGGAAAGGGUGUUAGGUAGUUUGGGGUGGACUAAUUUAGACUUCCUUAAUGGAAGGCAAGUCCGAACUAAUUUUUAUUUCAGAGAAUCAGAAGAAUCUCAAAUCCAGGUGGUUGUAUUUGGCAGAUGUAUUAUGAAUUUGGCAUAUUCAGCACAAUUUAUGGGGGGGAAACAGAUGCCGAAUUGGAUUCAUUGUAGAAGCAAGGGGCCAUCAAUAUCAUUUACCAUUCCAUCAUCUCCUUACAACUUCAGAGGAUUGAAUUUCUGCUAUGUGCCGGGUUAUCUAUUUCCAAAUCAGUUUGUUGAUUUACCAAUAAUCAAAGUUAGUAAUUUAACAAAGAAUGGCACCUGGAUAUACAGACAUUACAUUGAUGGUGCGAGUGUAGGUGGACAGGCACGGUCCCUGACAUUGUUAAGCCAUUGGAUGUUUGGGAUGAAUGAGAUGGAAGCUGGUGACCAUGUUACUAUUACAGUUACAGAGACCUAUAAUCAACUUACAAAGGAGUGUGGGGUGAGUUUAGUGUAUGAUGAUGGAAACAUGGAUGAAGAUGAAGAUGGAGAUAAAGGUGAAGAUGAAGAGGAAGAUGUGUUAGGUUAUUACAAGUCAUGGAAUCACAUCAUUGGUGGAGAUCUCACUGGAUUUCAGUUAACAUCCGGUGAAUACAUCCUAGAUGCCUGGCAAUUUAUGCGGAAUUCCGCUGAACUAAGAGUAGAUCGCUAUCAUCCCUUCAUUACAGGUGGUGCCAGCUUUAAAGGUAGAGAUCCUUCUUCUUAG